UGGAAAGAUGAGCUCUUUGGUGUGGCAUGCUGUGUCUGCUCGAGCACUCCAAAGCAUCAACGCUACCGAGCUCCUCUUCAUCGUCCCCAAAUUCUCCAGCUUCUCUUCCCAUCGAUUCCCCAAAACCUCGACGAUCCUCUCCAUGAUGCAAUGCUCCGGCCGAGAUCCAGCUAGGGUUUCUAUUCUCUCCUCCGAUAACGGACGAGAAUUCUCUGAUAAGCUGGUUUCCUUUGAUCUCUCCCCGUCAACCACCCUCAAGCUCCACAAGGGCGACAUCACUCUCUGGUCCAUCGAUGGAUCCACUGACGCCAUCGUUAAUGCUGCUGAGGAGCUAAUGCUUGGAGGUGGUGGUGUAGAUGGAGCUAUACAUCGAGCUGCUGGCCCUCAACUUGUAGAAGCAUGCCGAGAAGUCCCUGAGGUCAGGCCUGGAGUUCGUUGUCCUACUGGAGAAGCAAGAAUUACACCGGCUUUCCUUCUGCCUGUCUCUCAUGUCAUCCACACUGUUGGACCAAUCUAUGGUAAACAUGAUCAACCAGAGGUUUUGUUGGCAAAUGCGUAUAGGAACAGCUUAAAAAUUGCGAAAGAGAACAAGAUUCAGUACAUCGCUUUCCCUGCCAUAUCAUGCGGUGUUUAUCGCUAUCCUCACAAUGAAGCUUCAAGGGUAGCUAUAUCCACAAUUAAGGAGUGCUCAGAUGGACUCAAAGAGGUGCAUUUUGUUCUAUUUUCAGAUACAACAUACAGCGUUUGGCUUGAAAGUGCAUACGAGUUAUUAAAGUGAAAGAUUUGUAAUUAGGUUAAUAAAUCAUUAUUACUCCAUGAGAACACAUGGAGAAGUGUUAAGGAAUUUGUGAAUACUAUAUAUCUGUAGCUGUGUUCCUUUUCUUUUCUUUUUAUUUUUAAUGGUGAUGUAUAGACAAAUCUGACCAUUUGAGCUUGAAUAAGGUAAAUACAAUUGUAUUACCCUUCUUAAA